AUGCAAUCUCAAAUAUUAACUCUAUUAGAAUUUGAUGCUCUGGAAAAAGACUUGAACAAUGCAAUUAUUAACGCUGCUUUCCUAUUGUUGUAUAAAGAUCUGAUUCGUCUAUUUGCCUCAUAUAAUGAGGGUAUGAUUAAUUUGAUAGAGAAAUACUUUACUUUGAAACGAAGACAAUGUCGUCUUGGCUUGGACUUAUAUCAUGCUUUUCCAGGUUUAUUAUCGAAGCUUACUGAAUUCCUUGCACUUGCUGAGAGUUUGGGAAUUGGCGAUAAGGAUAGUCUAGGUCUACAACCGGUCCCAGAGAAAGUUAUUCAAGCCAUGGAGCAACACUUACAAAUUUUGGAAAGUAAAAAGGGAUCAGAUGAUGAAGAUGAAGAGACUCAUACUUCAACCAAACCAAAUGUACCAAAGAAGCCAACACUCCCUGUACCUAUUCCAAGUCAAACCGUAAUCUCCACUGAAUCUAACAAGAUUUCUAGCCAUAAUCCACCUAAUCGAAACAGAGAUUACAAUGACGAUGCUGAAUCAAUAAACAAAACACAUGAUUCUAAUAUUCUGGAUCAAUCUGAACAAUUGAACGAUGAUACAACUGAACCGACUGUUGCAUCAUAUCCAACUUUGGUCUUAAAUGAUGAAGAUGGAUUACCUUCCGCUUUACAAGAGGAGAUAAUUGCAACUGCUAAAGGUCACUUAAAUGAAACACUUGUCAAGAGUUCCGAAGCUGUAAAACGUUCAACUCAACAAGGUGCAGUUAAAGUUCCAGUACAUACACAAUUGGGCAGAUCGGAACAUCGAACUGUAUCAGUGCCACCGACACGUUCACGAUCACCAUCACCAGCUCGUCCACCCCCAUCACCUAACCGUCAAUAUGAGAAAACUACACCGAAGCAACCAUCGAUCAGUGCAAGCGAUAGUGAAGCAAUUGAUGAUGACAAUACUGAUGGUAUCAAUAAGACAAAACAUAAUUCAUCAUCAUUAGGUCUUAAUGUAGAAGUGAAUGCACAGACUGAUUCUGCAUCUGUAUGUGCUAGUCCUUUUGCUGGUGAUGAAGAACCAGUUGAACCGGUAACUGAUACUGAUACUAAUGUAUGGUCAAAUAAAUCAUCAGAAGCUCAUGUUGAACCAAUGCAUGGUAGCAAUCAACAUUCAGCAAUCGAUGAUUUACUUGGUCUUGACUUAUGGUCCACUAAUGAUUCUAUUCCACAAACCAAUAUUGAACCUAUACCUUUCUCAGCUCAAACUGAGUCUGUUGGAAAGGAGUCUGAAUCAAAGCCUUCAGCUAUCAAUACUACUGCUACUACUACCAAUACAACAGGUCCUGCUUCAGUUUUUGACGACUUAUUGGCAUUAGAUCCUCUUUUGGAGAAAGAUUCCGUCAGUGGUAGUACUACUGCUACUACUACAAAGAUACCAGUGAAUAAUCCCCCUACAUCGUUUAAUAAUUCACUGCCUCCAGGUUUAAAACCUGUUCCUUCAACUGUUCCAAUACGUCCUGCUGUUGUUAUGUCCGCAUCACAAAACAAGAAUCCACUUGAUGCAUUAGACAGCACCUUGUCAAAUUUGGCUUCAAGUCUAGGGGGUCAGCAAACCUGGGGCUCUACUAACUUGAAGAAGAAACCACUGGCUGAAAGUGAAAAACCAACGUGA